AUGAGGUUCUCGACCAUAGCUUUCAUACUUCUAGCUCAUUUUGCUAUAGUUGGCGCCAUUUCUCCGAUCAACUUGGAAAACUGCAUCCCAGGGAGCUUCUUUGUGGAGAACUACAUCAAGUAUGAAUGUUUUCAAAGUGGAACUGUCAAAGGAUAUACUAUUAUUGGAUGCCAACCAUCGAACGACUUGACUGGUAUGACUCUAAUGCAAUGGGAAACCCAUAACGAGAAAUGGUUCAAGUAUCACUGUGUCAUUGAUGGACGUAACGCACAAUAUUCCGUGAAAGCUUGUCUCGACCCUGUUGGAGAAGUACUUCCCGUCGGAAAAUCUCGUUCUUUCCCAGAUGGAGAGACGUUCACCUGCUUCAUUGAACGCAACAAAGUGAAGUUGAAUCACCAAACAAGUGAGCACAAUCUAAACUAUCACGCUAUUGUGCCAGCUAACUAUGUCAUUGUCAGACCAAACGCAAUAGGAUGUCGUGUUGGUGAUCAAGUAUACGGUGAUCGUGCUACAUGGAUUGACAAAAGAGAAGAUGUGAUCACAAUUGGCUCGGAGAAAAAAGUUGUGGGAAAAGGAUCAACAAUGCAAUGUAAAAAGUAUGAGAAUGGAACGUUUGCAGUUGAAGUAGCAGCAUGUUUGACAUCCGAAAACACAUACAUUCGCCCUGAGGAUUUCGGCACUGUAGACGAAGCAGUAGUAAAGUGUGCAUGGGUAGAAGGGAAAUGUGUUCUUCGCAAAGCUGAAGUGACAGGACCAAGAUAUCAUAAACUUGGAUGCAAACAUGGUAAUAACAUAUACCGUCAUAAUCAAGAAUGGGUAUCGGAAGAUGGGUCAACCGCAUACGCUUGUCAAUUCGGAAAAAUUGAAAAGAAAGGAUGUUUAGUGGAAUCUUUGUUAAUUCCAUUAUAUGCCAUUCGAUACAUUGGCUCUAAUGCCUAUUAUUGUUUUCAAGGAACUCGGGUCAGAUCGUUUGGGGAUUUGAAAGGCUGCGUCAAUGCAGCAGGAGAAGUUGUUCCGUUCGAAAACAGAGCUAAAAAUGGGGAUCGUUUGGAGUCUUGCGGGUUCAAUUUCAACCGAGACGGAAGAGUGGAGUUCAAGUGGACUCAGGUCGGAUGCAUUUAUUCUAAGGAAGUGGUAACGGUGAACGCAAUUCAACAGUUUGGAGAACAAUACGUACAUUGUGCAUUGAAUGGAACAAAUGGAUACAUUGUAAAAAUAAUGACUAAAGAAGAAGUUGAAAAAUGGCUAACAGCUACUCAACAGCAAUGGAGCAACAUUGUUUCUGGUAAUGAAGGAAAAGGAACUGCCGUCAAACGUGAAGUUCCAACUGAGGUUCCAUCAACAACUACAACAACCACGACGACUACCACAACUACUACGCCAGCCCCAACAACUACACUUGCGACGACUACCACGCCAGCUCCAACAACGCCCUCAACUUCGUCAACAACCACGCAGACACCGACUACAACCACUUCUACCACUACGACCACUACGACCGAUGCUCUCACAACGACGACUACCACGUCUGCUCCAAUCACGACAACUAAGCCUCCAACGAAAAAAUGUGUAGACUUGGUGGAAGAUUGUGAGAAGAUGAGAAUUUAUUGCAAUUCUGAAAUUGAACACGCCGCAUUUUUGAGAGAAGUCAUUCAAACGUUUUCUAUUAAUCAGAAGAACAAAUCUAGAAUGCUGGAGUUCAUCGACCACACUUGGUUAGUUUUUUUUUGGGUACAGUUCUCCAACAACAUUAGCAUAGGUUCGAUUCCUUUCAGGUUGAACAAUCAAAAGUCAGAAAUAAAUGAGAACAAGGAAAAAUGCAAUAUUGGGAAAAAAGGAGGAAGAUGUUGUGGUGGACCAGAACGAAGCUGUCACUGCAAAUGUGAUGACCAAAAAGACUUCAAUAGAAAACUUGUCAAAGUAUUGUGCCCGAAAACUUGUGAUUCUUGCAAUCAAAAAAAUGAUUCCGUUUCUUCAUUACUUACUUCGAGAACAUCUAGAAUUUGUAAAAAGCAUCAUUGCGACUUUGAGUAG